GGACGUUCAGGUGGAAUCAACAUAUGCUAAGCUGGCUAGCAUCGUCGCCAUUAUGAUCUCGAAAGAUUCUAAUAUUACCGCUUUUCCAGCGCUUACUGCUCUCUGCUGCAUACUGCUUCGAUAUCGCGCAACUGAGUAUGUUUGUCACAGAAAACCUCAUUUUCCGCGGAUUCGAAGACGAUGAUCUAGACCACAUCCUUGGUCUGCGCAACGACGCCCUCGUCCAACGGACCCUGACGUUCUCAGCUAUCGCGCCUGCGCCUUCCUCAAAGUACAAAGAAUAUAUGAAGACUUUUGCGGAGGGCUCAGCGCUCUGGUUUUCUUUGCGACACAAGAAGAACUAUGAAUAUAUCGGCUUUUGUUGCAUCAAUUUAUUGGAGGCGAAGAACCGGGAUGCACGGUUGGGCGUAACUAUUGCCUCCAGGUUCUGGGGAAAGGGAUAUGGAACGGAAGCCACACGUUUCACUGUAAACCAUGCCUUCAAGCAGUUUGGAUUGCAGCGUAUCUCUUUGGAUGUUACAGAAGGCAAUGCGAGAGCACGAGCCAUUUAUACCAAAUUAGGUUUUAAGGAGGAGGGAAGGAAACGACGGGGGAAUUGGAUAGAUGGUCACUGAGAGGAUAUUAUCGCAAUGGGGGGCGGAGUUGCAUUCCCAGCUAUGAGAUCAUUUUGCAAUUGGUCGAUGUUGAUUGUAAUAUCCGGGGUCAACGGAGAAGUGACUUAUCGAAUGGCUAGCCAGGCUAGCCUAGAGAUAAAGCUAGUCUCGCCGCCGUGUGCCGACGCUCAACUGCCUUAUUGGAUCGAUGUG